UUUAGAAGUCCCUUCCAACUCAAAUGGUUCUGUGAUUCUUGUUUUUGGUGGAAAUCCCUUAAGCUCCAGACCAGACUGCUCUCUUCCCUAAGCUUCUAUGGCAAAGGGAUGGAGAAGAACACUAUCUUUCCUUCUGCUUUACCCCAGGGUCAGGCCACUGCAAUACAAAAAUACAAACUGCCCAUCUCCUCUGAUUUAAAUGCUGUGUUCCAAUUGUUUGAAGCACCUCACCUCGCUCCAACCAGGCCCUCUCUUCUGUUACAUUGAAUUCCCAGCAUUUUACAGUGGGUUACAGCCCCGUGUGCUUAAAUUAAUAUUGCUCUGUACCCAUACCUCUAUCCUGGCCUUCCCAAAGUGUAUGUUGGGCAGCCAGGAUGGUGAGAAGAAAGCAGCUUGGCAUUCACUGCGAUUUAAUUAGUGCAGGCAGCAAGGGAUUUCACUAAUUCGUGUUUAUUUGUUGGAGGCCCUUUGUUACAACAAUGCACGUAUGCUUCCUGUGGUUCUGUUGGCUGAGCUGGACAAAGCUGAAGGAUGAGCAGACCAAGCUGCGCAGGGAUGCCCUGCUGAAGAUGCUGGCGGGGCUCCUGGAGAGUGCAGACGGGGCCUCUCCAGACCUGGAGGAGGAAGGCAAGCUGGAGGAGGAGCGGGCAGCGUUGGGACGGCUGGCUCAGCUCUCGCAGCGGGACCGCAAGGCGCCCUGUAAAAACUUCUUCUGGAAAACCUUCACCUCCUGCUAGUGCUGCCCUGCUGGGCUGCCCACCUGCCUGCCAUCACACACCCCAUCCCCUCAGCUCCUUCCCUGUCCUCCUGCACACCUGAGAAUAAAGCAUGGUGCCUCGGGGACUCGUGUCUGCCUCUGCA